GCGGAGGCGUAGGCUAGGUUUAAUGACUUCAACAUGCCUGAUGAAUUGCCAUUUUAUUGGCUCAAUUUAUAAAGCAUCGAAAACUUACUUGACAACCUGCAUAAGGAGGUGUUCUAGGCUAUCUACCAAUGGAAACCCUUCAAUGAUCACAAUACAAGGGCAAACAUUUCAGCCUGAUGAAAUGACAACACUUACACCAAACAUUAUUGAAAAAGUUGGGUGCAAUCUGCACAACCAGCAAAAUCACCCUCUGUGCUUAAUUAAACAGUGCAUUACAAAUUUUUUUUACAAGCAAUUCACACGUCUAGGAAAUCCAUUGUUUUCUGUGUAUGACAAUAUCAGUCCAAUAGUUACAGUUAGUGCAAACUUUGAUAGUGUUCUCACUCCUCCGGAUCAUGUUAGUCGAAGAAAGGGUGAUAAUUUUUACAUCAACAAAGAUUAUAUGCUAAGGGCGCAUACUUCAGCUCACCAGUCAGAAUUGAUUAAAUCUGGAUUAGAUGCAUUUCUGGUUAUUGGUGAUGUUUACCGACGAGAUCACAUUGAUGCGAGCCAUUAUCCUGUCUUUCAUCAGAUGGAAGGAGUUCAGUUAUAUUCAAAUUUCCAGUUAUUUGGUGAGAAAUCCAAUAAAACGUCGCUCUUUGAAGAUGGUGAAAGAACAGUGGAGAAGCAGCAAUUUCACACAAUGAUUGCAGCCAAGAGUCUGGAACACCAACUGAAAACUACAUUAGAAGGCUGCAUACAAGAACUGUUUGGAUCAGGCUUAGAGAUAAAAUGGGUAGAUGCAGAAUUCCCAUUUACCCAUCCAUCUUGGGAAUUGGAGAUAAAAUUUCAGGGGGAAUGGCUGGAAGUUCUUGGAUGUGGAAUCAUGGAACAGGAGAUCAUAAGCUCAGCUAUUAAUGGCCAAAAGAUAGGCUAUGCAUUUGGACUAGGACUGGAGCGGCUAGCAAUGAUCCUUUUUGACAUACCACACAUCAAACUCUUCUGGACUGAAGACGAACGCUUUCUAAAUCAGUUUAAGGCAAAAGAUAUUUGCAGUAUUAAAUUCCAGCCUUACAGCAAGUACCCACCACUGUUAAUGGAUAUAUCUUACUGGUGUCCUCCUAAUUACGAAGCAAAUGACUUCCACGACCUCGUUCGGAAUAUUGGGGGUGACCUUGUGGAAGCAGUGGAACUGAUUGAUGAGUUUGUCCACCCAAAGACAAAUGUCAUUAGUCGUUGCAAUAGGAUUACAUAUAGGAGUAUGGAUAGAACACUAACAAAAGAAGAAGCAAGUCAAAUACACUGGAAGAUUGCAGCUGCUGCCGAACACCUCCUAAAAGUUGAUAUCAGAAAAAAAUAGCGAGAAUUAAACAUAUUCUAAAUAACAUUUAUAAUAGUUUGUUACACACCUCAAGUCUAUCAUUGACUGUUAAUGAACUGAACAAAAUUGUGGAGUCAAGGAUAUUCAGAAAUUGAAUAGUAUGAGGUUUAUUGAUAUGCAUAAUUUUCUCUCAAUUAUUUCAUCGUAGACAUCCAUAUGCUCACAUUGAAAUUACAAAAGCACUUGGCAACUAAUUAAAAAUUUUGUAAUGAAAUUACACCCUAAAGGUGUGAUAGGUUUAUUAAUUGGACACCAUACUAAUUGAUCUGGCAGUCUUAUUGGUGUCUCUGUGAAUUUUUAGUUGUCACCUGCUGAUGUGGGAGUUUUAAAACCUAUGGUAUUUGUUAUCCUUUACUGGUCAGAAAGAAUAAAGUAAUGUUGCCCUGUGGUGAACGUCUUUGUGGGUCAUCUGCAUUUUAAAGAAUUGGAAGGAAACCCAUGCAUGCUACAAAAUUGUGAUGAUGUAAAUCCUAACUUGAAAAUUUCAUAAAACAAUUAAUACAGUAUAUAAAAUUGAAAAAUAAAACCAAAAAA